AAGAGUUAAAGCUAAUAAGAUAAUGGACCAAAAGCAAGGAAAGUCAGGAAUGAACAGUAAAUGAUCUUAUCAAACUCCAUCCUCAGCUGACCUUCUUCCCAACCGGAAACACCUCCCAGACUCCAGUUCAGUUCCUCAGAAUCUCAAACAUGGCAAAACCCAAAUACUCCCAUCUUUCUCUUAUCCAUCUCAUCAUCUCCAUCAUCAUCACUUCAUCUCUACCAUCACUUGCAUCCAACCGUCCCCCACGCUUCCUCGGAAAGUUCUCGCGUUCUUCACCGCCCAAUUCUCCGUCACCACUGGAACGACGUCAGCAGCAGAAAAAACUGAUCCAAUACGAAACCCGAUACUUCUCCCAGAAUCUCGACCACUUCAGCUUCUCUGAAACCCCGAAAUUCCAACAGCGCUACCUCGUCAACGCCGAGCACUGGGUCGGCCCACUACGCCAGGGCCCAAUCUUUCUCUACUGCGGCAACGAAGGCGACAUCGUAUGGUUCGCCGAAAACACCGGCUUCGUCUGGGAACUCGCGCCGCGUUUUGGCGCCAUGGUCCUCUUCCCCGAACAUCGUUACUAUGGAGAGUCAAUGCCGUACGGGAGUGAAGAAGAGGCGUACAAGAAUGCCACUACGCUGUCGUUUCUUACGGCCGAGCAAGCGCUGGCCGAUUUUGCUGUGUUGAUCACGGAGCUGAAGCGAGAUUGGUCGGCCGAAGGCUGCCCUGUGUUGCUGUUUGGCGGUUCGUAUGGCGGAAUGUUGGCAGCGUGGAUGAGGCUCAAGUAUCCCCAUAUUGCUAUCGGUGCACUUGCUUCUUCGGCGCCAAUUCUUCAGUUCGAAGAUAUUGUGCCGACAGAGACGUUUUAUGACAUUGUCUCCAGUGAUUUCAGGCGUGAAAGUAGCAGCUGCUUUAACACUAUAAAAGAGUCAUGGGAUGCAUUAAUGACCGAGGGUCAGAAACAAAAUGGGCUGCACCAGCUGACAAAAACCUUCCAUUUAUGUGGAGAAUUAAAGAGGACAGAAGAUCUUGUAGAUUGGUUGGAGUCUGCCUAUAGUUAUUUGGCGAUGGUGAACUACCCAUAUGGGUCGGAAUUUAUGAUGCCUUUGCCCGGACACCCAAUUAGAGAGGUUUGCAGAAAGAUUGAUGGUUGUCCUGAUGGGACUAGCACGUUGGAGCGCAUAUUUGAAGGCAUAAGUGUAUAUCACAAUUACAGUGGAAAAGCUGACUGCUUUGAGCUGGAAGAUGAAUCUGAUGUCGGCACAGAUGGUUGGAAUUGGCAGGCUUGCACAGAAAUGGUUAUGCCAAUGUCUAGUAGCCGGGAUAGAAGCAUGUUUCAAACAUAUGAUUAUAAUUUCUCCUCUUUUCAAGAGUGGUGCUGGAAGCAGUUCAAUGUGAAACCAAGGCCUACAUGGAUAACAACAGAGUUUGGUGGACAUGAUAUUAAGGCCACUUUGAAAAACGUCGGAAGUAACAUAAUCUUCUCCAAUGGCUUAUUGGAUCCAUGGAGUGGUGGCAGUGUUCUCCAGAAUGUAUCUGAAUCUAUCGUUGCUCUCGUUACUGAAGAAGGUGCUCAUCACAUAGACUUGCGAUUUUCAACUAAAGGGGAUCCUGAAUGGUUGGUUGAGCAAAGGGAAAGUGAGAUUAAGCUGAUACAAGGCUGGUUAGAUCAUUUCUAUCAAGAAAAGAAAGCAGCUUUUGACAUGUAGUUGUAUAAAUGUAAAUUCUCAUUCUUCUUUUUAUCCGUUUUUCUUGCUACACUGAACCUAAGUAUGCAUCAAACAUGAAGCAGGACAAUGUUGUAAAUACCUUUCAUGGCAAUAGAGUUAGGCCCAGUUUGUCAUCGCUUAUGAUGUGUAAAAUUUAAUAAAGCAGCUUAUUUCAAUAGUUA